AUGAAGAAGCGAGCACUUCUCGCUGCGACCAUGGAAUCAUCGUCGCGUCCGUCGCUUCCACCGCAUCUCCCUGUACCUGUUGAGCACCCCAGCUCGCUGUCCGUGGACGCCUUCAUGACAAAGUAUGCUCAAAAAGGCCUCCCGGUGGUCCUCAAGGGAGGCGCGUCGCUCGUCACGGAUCGUCCAUGGACGCUGGACGCGUUGGUCGCCAACCCGACCGUUGCCCAUACAACGGUGGAGACGAAGCGGAAAGUCCUCGACUCGGUGCUCUGGGCUCGGCUUGAACAAGGUCCGCGCGUUUCUGUGUCGGACUUCGUCGUAGCCUUGCGUGACGGGAAGGGAUCCCCUGGGGCCGACUCGCUCUACGUGCAUGACGUCUCCAUUCCGUUGCAUUUACCAGGCAAAUUGCUUGUCUUAACCCGGCACCUGCGCAUUCCAGCAUACUUUGCCGGUGACUGGCUCCAGCACACCCCUGAAGGCACCAUGUACCGCGAGACGUGGCCCAGUUUAUUUCUCGGGCCCGAGGGCACUGAAAGCCAAACACACGUCGAUUCGUUCGGGUCCAACUUUUGGAUGGCGCUUCUGGAAGGGCGCAAGCGAUGGUGCCUCGUGCAUCCCGACGACAUGCACUUGCUCUACCCCGAGUGGCAUGCUGGGUCGCCCGAUGUGGUAUUUGGUGUCGACCUGGCCAGACCAGAAGGGUCCCCCGAGCACGCCUUGUUUCGCCAUGCUCGCGUGUGGGAUUGCGUCCUCGAAGAAGGCGACGUCUUGUUCGUCCCGGCUGGCACCCCCCACUUUGUCCAGAACCUCACGCAAACCGUGGCGGUGUCUUGCAACUACAUUGACGCCACCAACUGGGUCCGCGCAUCCACAGCCCUCGCCCACCAAGCAUAUACAGAUGUUCGGGCAGCAGACCUCCUGACACACUUGCAUCGUAUUGUCUCCACUCAGCAACCACCACGCCAUGACCGAGUGCCACCGACAGAACCGAGUCCCCUGCCGCCGCCAUCCAUGUCAUUUCAACAGUUCAAGCACCCACCUGGCGCAAGUCCGUUGCCUCAGUCAUCAUUCCCUCGCAGCAAACGUCCUCGGAGUGCCUAUGCAGACCUCGUCGCUGAUUUUGAGUCGAGCGACGUCGACGAAUCGAACGACUAGCUCCGAGUCGGCUUGCUAUCGUGGAGCACUAAACAAGGCAGUUGUACAA